AAACGGAGCCACCUUGAGCUCUGUGCCCAUGUUUUCCUAGGAUGCCUGCUUCGCAUAAAAACUUUGAGCACGUUAGUUUCGAUUUUACUCUUGCGGUUUGGACAGAGCCCAUGGUCUGAAUUACAGCACAGGAAAGCGUGACGCAUUCACGCCGUCUCGAAGUUAUUAGGCAUCUGCUCCCGAUCUAAGGCAGAGAUGACUACCGAGAAGACUGAAUACACUCCUGUGGAGGUGGGAGCAUCUCAACCACCUCUUCCCGGCCAGCCAGCGUUUCCCGUCGCAUUUGGCAUGACCGUGCCAGGCCCAAAUACGCUGCAGGGGCCGGUACCUGGUGUUGGUGUCCUUCCUUACCCUCCACCGACUGCGUUUGCACCAAGUGUCCCGGGAGCUUUCGGAAUGGCCACGAACCCCGAAGGACAGUCAGGAUUUGUUAACCCAUCCUAUCCCGCAUAUCCUCCACCACCCUAUGGAUUUAAUGAAAAUGUUGAAGGAGAUGUUUACCGUAAUGAGGAUCCGCCAGCUUUUCAUGAGAAUCAAGAAUUUGAUUUUGGGUUGGAUAACAAAACCAUAAGAAGAGCUUUUAUACGAAAGGUAUUCUUGGUGUUAACCGCUCAGCUCAUGGUGACAUUCGCCUUUGUGGCUGUUUUCACCUUUGUGAAGGAGGUCAAGGUGUUUGUUGCGGUGAACACGUGGACCUAUUUGGUGUCCUAUGUCGUGUUCUUUGUGUCCGUUUGCGUGAUCAGCUGCUGUGGAAGCGUUCGCCGAAGACACCCCUGGAACCUGGUUGCGCUGUCCAUCUUGACUCUCAGUAUGUCCUACAUGGUGGGAAUGAUCGCCAGCUUCCACCAAACUGAAUCGGUGAUCAUGGCAGUGGGCAUCACAGCAUUUGUGUGCUUCACAGUGGUCAUCUUCUCUCUGCAGACCAAGUAUGACUUCACUUCCUGUUAUGGGGUCCUUUUUGUCUGUUUAAUUGUCCUGAUCGUCUUCGGCUUCCUCUGCAUUUUCAUCCGUGACAAGAUUCUGCACAUCGUCUAUGCUGGACUGGGAGCAUUACUCUUCACCUGUUUCUUAGCCGUGGACACUCAGCUGCUUCUUGGAAACAAGGAACUGGCCCUGAGUCCUGAGGAAUACAUCUUCGCUGCUCUAAACCUGUACACAGAUAUCAUCAACAUCUUCCUCUACAUUCUUACCAUCAUUGGCAGAGCUAGGGGAGGCUGAGCAAAGGGAGAAACAAUCAAAACUCUUUUCACAUAUAGAAGCAGAUUCUGAUCACUUUGAUUUUUGCUUUGUUUUGUAGUGUGUAUUCAUUACAUAGUUAAAAAUUGCUUUUGCGUCACCCAGAGUAAAUGUAGUAUGACAUUAUUGCUCUGAGUAAGACCACACAGUGUCCAGCUUAGAUAUUGCUACAGUUUUCUGCAGUGUACCUAUUGUACAAAAAUUGUAUUUUGGUUUUGAAAUUUGUAUCCUAUGCCAAACAAAACCCUUUAAAAAGCGCAAAGAUUUGUCUAAACUAUCCCCACGUUUUUAGUUAUCCAGAAGAAUGUUUUGUUGAUAUUCAGUUUCAUUAGCAGUUUAUUUGUCAAGUUGUUAAAACUCUAGCAAGUGAACUUUGGGGUUGUUUUGUCAAACCUUUUGCCGGGAUCAAAAGUGAAUCUUUAAUGCUUAACCAAUAAACCAGCAGAGAUAAGAAGGGCUAAAAAAAAAAAAAAAA